CCGCUCCAUGCCCAACCUAAACUCACUCGGCGCUCGGCAGCGAUCGUCUCGUCUGUGCUCUCUCUCAGGUCAUUCAUGCCGAAGGCUCUGCUAAAACCCUAAGCCCUCUUUCCGCUGCGAACCCACCAGAGCAAAAGAUAGAGAAGACAGAAAGGGGGGAAGCGUAAUGCAUACUCCGCCCUCUGCCUUCUUCCACCGCUUCCACUCUUUCCUCUCCAGACGCUUCCUCUCUCAGUCCACCGCCAUUGCCGCCGGCGACACCACCACCGCCGUUCCUUUCCGGCAGCAGCGAAAGAGAAGGACCAUCGCCGACCCUUUCGUCCUGAACCCUGCCAAGCAGGCUCUAACCGAGUAUCUCUACUCCACGCGCGCCCUCUUCUACCCUCACGCCGAGAACAUCAGCAAGCACUCACCCUCCUUCCUCCAGUCCCUCCUCUCCAACCUCAAACUUUCUCGCAGCCGCGCCUUCCCCGACGUCCAGCAAUUCCUCCGCUACAACCCCAUCAACGAGUAUCUUCCCUUCCUUGAGAGCAUCGGCAUCGCCGCCUCCGACGUCUCUCGCUUCCUACCCGCCGAUCGCCUAUUCCUCUGCGAUAACCCCCAGUUGCUGAACUCCAUCUCUGCGCUCUCCAACUACGGCUUCCCCUGGACCAAGCUCGGCUUGCUGUACAGUCACGACGCUUCGAUCUUCGAUAGCGACGGAUCGCUCCUCCGCCGGCGACUGGACGCCAUUAUCGAGUUGGGGUUCAGCAGGACGCAGUUGGUCGGCAUCUGUCUGGCGUUUCCCUUCGUUUUGGGCCGCCGGGAGGAAGAAUCAACGGGCGAAGACGACGGAUUGUUUGAUGAUCUCAAGUGGGUCUUGCUCAAGAGUCAUCUCGCGGAUUCGCGUUGCUUGGAUUUGUGCUACGUUAAUUGCAGGAAGGUUGGGAUCUUUUACGAUCUUGGGUGCGAGAAGGGGACGAUUGGGGAAGCCUUGGGCGAUGGCUUGAAUAUUUUGCUUGAAUCUUCUGAGGAGAAUGUGAAAGAAAAGGUCAGUUUCUUUUCUAGGUUGGGAAUGAAGAACGAAGAUGUUGGCCGGCUGAUCGUUCGACGCCCGGAAAUUUUGAAUUUUAAUUUGAAAGAUCUUGUGAUAACAAUGCCGGAGUUUUUGAGUUAUAUAGGCUUGGAUCGGAAGUCGAAGAGAGAGAUCGUUCUUGGAUAUCGCCACGUUUUGGGCAGAAACACAAUCGGGAAUUUGCCGGAGAUUAUGAAAGCUAUAGGCCUCCAUGGUUGGUUCAGCAGUAAAAUUCUGAAUGGUGGUCAUCGAUUAUUGACUGGCUUCAAUGCUAAAUCCGAUAAGGAAGAAUCAAAAAGCAAUCCGAGAUCUGAUCGAACAGCAGAGGAUAAGCUGCUGAUUCCGAAGAUGGAAUUUUUACUGGGAGUCGGUUUCGGCGAAAACGACAUUGCAAGGGAAAUCGUUCUUAAACUCCAUGCCACCAAAGAACAGUUGGAUCAGCGCUUCAGUUGUCUUAUUGGUAUGGGAAUCGAGCACUCUGAAUUAGUGAAAAUGAUGCUUUUGUCGCCUAAAAUCCUUAACCAAAGCGUUGCCAUGAUCGAAGAAAAGAUCGAUUUCUUUCAAAAUGGAUUGAAAUUGUCAUUGCAGGAUCUGCAGAAGUUCCCUGGCUGCCUGCUCUUCGAUCUGGAAAAGAGAGUGAAGCCUCGGCAUAGAAUUAUGGCUUGGCUUAGGGAGAGAGACUUGCUGGUUAUAAACUACGCACCUGCUACUAUACUCGCUACUUCGGAGAGGAGAUUCAUCUCUUGCCUCAAAAGGAUCCAUCCUGCCGCUCCGAAGCAGUGGCUGGAAUCAUUUUCUUUCAGAGAUUAUAAUGGUUUCAAUUGAGGAAGCUAAUUCUCUAGCCAACAACUGUUCAUGUACUCAUGUAGCUUUGGUGUCAGUCCUGAGUCCACCCUUUUACUGUAAACCUUGUAUAUUAUCAUUAAUUUAUAAUAAUGGUGUUGAUGGCAAUUAAAGGUGUUGGGUUCUUCUUUAUUUCCUGUAACAAUUGUUCAAUAACUA